CCUAACGAGCAGCGGGCGAGAGCCGAGCAUUCCCACGGAAAGAUUCAUAAGAACUUGAGCGGGCGAGUGGACGUGCUUUUUUUUCGCGCGCGCAUCAUCGAUACGCCGCAAUUUUUUUUUUUUUACAAAAGCCGCCUCUGUCCGGUUGCCCUAGUCGCGUUGCCGGUUACAUCUUUGCAUAUUUCACGUCGUGUCGGCGAAUAAAUUAAUGUCCUCGCGCAAGUAAACAUUAUCUUGGUGCGAAUAUUUAGUUUGAAGCGGCACUGUGAAAGUGACUCGUGUCGCGCGCCGUUCGGAGAGCAAAAAAAUUGAAAAAAAAAAACGGUGCACUCGGAUGAAUCCUCGAUGAACCAUUACCGUGAAAUUUUAGUGCUUCGGAUCCCCAGGUCUGUCGGCGACAUGUGAUCGUGCACGAGAGAAAGAGACAGAAAGUAAGAGGAAGAAUAAACCGCGCGUGAAUUUGCACGCAAUCUCGAACUAAUUACUUUCGCGUAUCGGCUGCUGCGAUUUUCGUGGAGUGAUUGUAGAAAUCGAAAGCACACAAUUGGUGGUGCGCAGGAAUUGUUUCGACACAUCGCGAACUGUGAUUCCACGCGAAUUACUCCCGGUUGAGCGAUACUCUCCUGUAGCACACCACAGAUGUAUUGCGGAGUCCAACAGGAUACGCGUUCUCUGAUCGACCGUGAAUGACCAUCGCUACUUGAAGCAAUAUUACGAAAUGCUAGGCGCUGCCGCGGAGUAGAUUCUAUUUCGACGAUGGCAGCGUUUCGCGCGAGCGAGUCGUAAGUGCGAUUCCGGCGGAAGUAGAUAAUCGUAUGAUUUAACCGUUUAAGCAAUGAAGAAAAAUAGAGGGUGGGACGUACAGUCGUGUUAGCCUUUAACUGCGAGACUCUUCUCUUCGCGACGGAAAGUGUCAAUAAAAGAGAGAGCUGUGAUUUUUGACAAAACCAGUUUCAGUGAAGCUGCAUGAAGAAAAAUAGACGGAGCUCAACGAAAAAUAGAGAAAAAAUAGAACGGUGGGAAGAAAUAAAAGGAAAAAAUUCAAAGUGCGGAGUCACUUACAGUGCCGUUGUACAAGGAAAUAAACAAUAGUGUUGCCGCGUACCAACUUUGGGAAUAGAAAUGAGUUGAGGAUCGACUACGAUGUUGAGUCGUCUUUCGGCCGUGGUGGCCUCCAUUUUGGUUCACCAGAUAUAUUUUCUAUGCACUGCCAACACGUUGUUAGGUGCGAAGCAAUUUCCAGGUUUUGAAAAUUUGCCACGCUCAUUUUGGCACGAGCUUAGUUCACCUUUUACAGAGGUUUACGAGGUGGAGAGUUUCGUGACUGAAACAGGUGGCACACCUGAACCGAGACCAUUUUUCGAGGAUCCAGAAAGCAACAUUACUGUACAACUCGGCGCCCAAGUCUACAUGCACUGCAGAGUACAAAAUCUACAAAAUACUCUUAAGGUGUCUUGGGUGCGUAGACGGGGAGAGGAGCUUCAUUUACUCACUAUUGGUCUCGAUACGUACGCGAGUGACUCCAGAUUCUCCCUAGCCUUUGAGAAACCCAAUGAUUGGCGAUUGUUUCUACGCUCCGCUACGGAACGCGAUGCCGGCCUUUACGAGUGUCAAGUCAGCGCCCACCCACCAUUAAUCAGAACUGUCCAUCUAGCGGUGUCAGUGCCGAAGGUGGAAAUUGUGGAUGAGCAUGGUGCUACGGCUGGUGACAAGUUCUACAAAGCAGGUAGUACAAUAGAGCUGAAGUGUGUAGUCAGCAAUAUACCGCAACCCACUGGCUAUGUCACGUGGCGACACGGAUCUCGUACGUUAAAUUACGACACGACUCGUGGUGGCAUCAGCGUCAAGACGGACAUGGGUGCAGCUGGUGCGGUGUCUAGGCUCUACAUUGCAAAUGCGAAUAAAAAGGACAGCGGGAACUAUAGCUGCGCUCUGGCGAACGUAGCAGCAGCCACUAUAGUGUCCGUCCACGUGCUAAACGGAGAGAAUCCGGCUGCCAUGCAACACGGCGGUACCACGGCCCCGAGGGCGACCUUUAUCUUUACCGUUGUGAUAUCACUAUCAUCGUUCUUAAGGUGACCGUGAUGACCCCGGUACAUUUUGGACCUGCGAUCCGAAUGGUGCUAAUUUUCUCUUUCCCCUAUGGAGACUCGUGCACUCGGAAUGUCCUCUCGAAACGGCUGGAAACUUUGGGCAUUAGGCCCUCCGUUCCUUUCCGCACGCCGAAAUGCCAUGAAAUUGCUGCGAAUCACAUAGACGAGGAUAUAUAUAGGUAUUCUCACGCGAAAUGCAAAUACGUGUGUGUGCGCGGUAACGACGGAGAUAUCAUCCGAAUCCGUUUCGAUCGUGGACUUAACUUUUGGACAAGUAGCUUCACUAUGAAGCACCGCGUCUCGCAGUUUCGUCGUACGGCGAGACGGCGUAUAUCAGUUUCCACAGAGCAUUUCCGAGCAUCUCUCGAGAAACUUGACUAAUCGCUUCCAGCGGCGAUCAAUGCGAGAUUUGCGUAUAGAGGAGGACGAAUAGCGUUCGCGCUCAGAACGCACACUGUAAAUUUCAGGAAGAGGGAUAGAAAUUUCACGUCGCUCCCUUGUGUUUGAACUGUCGGUACUAACAUGUUGACAAUGCAUUGUUAAUGCGUAUGUUAUUUGCGCGUCUGUAUGUUUAAACGCGGAUACAUUAAUUAAGAAAAUUCCGUUCAUGUGAUAUGUAAUGCCAGACUAUCUAUGGCAUACGUUCGCGAUUGUGCUGAAAAUAAUAAUUAGCUAAUCGAUGAUUCGAUUGAUUCCACAAUCAAUUUUUAUUUUCAUACCGUAAAGAAUUUUAAAAUAUAUAUCGCGAGGUAAA